AUGAUAAUAAAUUUAGACAGAUUAAAUAUAAAAGAAAAAUUACAAUUAUUAAAAACAGCAGAUGUUUUAGUGAUGGAUUCAUUCGUUGAUUAUUUAGAACAGAAUUUGAUCAAAGAAGAAAGCAAUUGGUAUAAAGAUCAAGCAAGUGAGGUAUUAUUUGUAACUUUACAAAUCACAAAAUGCAAAAAAUUAUUAAAAUUAUCUAGUAAUGCCAUAUUAAGAAAUCCUAAAAUUUUUUUUGGCUCUAAAGAAUUUUUAUUUAUACCUAGAAAUUAUUUAGCAAAAAUAUUAGAUAGAGACAUAUUAGGAUUAGAAGAAAUGGAUAUAUUUAUAGGUGUUGUUAUGUGGGGAAUGAAUAAUACACCUAGUAUAUCACAUGAUUUUAUAUCAUGGUCAUCAGAAGAUAUUGCAUCUUUAAAAUCAACAAUAAUACAAUUUUUGAAUAAAGUUAGAUUCUUCCAUAUGCAACCUGAAGAUUUUAUUAAUAAAGUUGGUCCUUUGAUUAAAAUCUUUUCGCCCGAAUUGUAUGAACAAGUAAUUCAAUACCAUUCAGAGAAAUCAACACCUAAUUAUUAUAAUAUAUUGCCACUAAGAUUAAAUUCUCUAAUAAUUAGAGAAAAAGAAGAAACAGCAUUAAUCUCUUAUUGGGGACCGACAUUAACUGUAAUUAGAACAAAAAAUAACAAUGAAGAUGAGGCAGUGUUUGGUGGAUUUAAGUCAGUUAGUUGGUCAAACAAUGAUAUAACUGGUGGAGGAAAAGGUUUUAUAUUUGGUUAUUUGUGGAAAGAUGAUAAAUUAUUGUUACCUUGGAUGAUGCCCGUGAAAAAUCAUUUUCAUGGUGAUAAAAUUUUAGGUGAUGGACAAUUAUUAUUCAUUGAUUUUACAAAUGGUAAUAAGUUAAUAGCACAUGCAAACAUUUGGAGUUUGGAAGGAACGAUUGAAGAAUUAGAAGUAUUUAUAGUUUUACAUAAAGAUACUAACUGA